AUGUCCUUUCUGCGCUGCAUCGCGUCGGCCACGUGCUGGCGACUCGUGCUGGCACUGGUCGUAGCCACGCUCGCACAGAAGAACAAUGCAACGACCCAAGCCAACGAGUUUGUCAACGGCAAGGUGCGCACCGAUGGCAUCGAGUACGCGUCCUUUGACGUACGCCCCGGCACGGCGCAGGUCGUGCUGACGUUUGCGCGCAGCGACCUCCACGGCCGCGUGCCCCCCGUGCUCUUGCUCAAGCACGGCAGUCUCCCGACAACGACCGAUUAUGACGUUCGCUUCAACGGCACGUCCGAGUCGUACUGGCUUGCGCAGACCAUUCCAGACCUCCGCCUCGGUCGGUACUUUAUUGGUGUCUGGGGGGGCGCCCUCGAGAGCUCGAUCAUGGACUUUGGCAUGGGCCCGACCACGAAUGUAUGGUACCACCUCGUUCUGCAAUUCCAAGGGUGCCUCGACACGACCCACCUUGGCUCCGAGUGCGCCUACUUUGCGUGGCCCCUCGUGGCCUUUGCACCAGAAGAAACCAGCGCCGUCGUCAACGCCGCCCAAGUUGCAAGCACCACCUUGCCAAGUGCGAGCGGGUGCUUUGACCCAAACCAGUUUAUCGCGUUGUAUGCGCUCGCGCUUACGCCCGAGGCAUCCUUCACCAUUGACAUUUCUCUCUCCAAGGCUCCGGGAACACCCCAAUCGUUCUUUUACGCGCUCUUCCACGACCGCGCCAACCCGCUGGAUGCUUCAACAACAGCGUACCUGAGCGGUCAAGGUGCCCUUGGACGCCGCAGCUACCGCAUGAAUGUUCUGUCACCCCCCGAAGGGGUAUGGUACCUCUUGCUCUACCUCGACACCCCCGACAUGACGCUUUGUUCCAACGCUCGCGGUGUCAAGUUUAACGUCACGUAUACCGUCCAGGGUUGCACUGCUUCCUUGACCACCGUGAACGACUGCAACACCGACUGGGUCCAGCUCGACGAAAUCAUUGUCAACCCAACGCGGUCCCUAAGUGUUGUCGACCGAUGGUACAUGGCAAGCAACCCCGUGGUUUCGGUGCCCGUCACAUCGUCGACCUACGGCUUGGGCUACACCAUGCGACUCGCGCCCGAUAUGGCGGGAACCAACCUCCUUUUUCACGUGAUUGUACCGGCAACCUUUCCCAUCGCAUCGCUCGUCAUGCUCGUCGGGGUCGACGAGUAUCCGUCCGAGGCGCGCUAUGCAUAUCGCUUGGACGGUGCCCAGGCAAGUGUGACACGUGGCGUGUCAUCGAGUGUCGGCAGUGCGCUCACGAGUGAGAGCAAAUUCGUGCAAGACGAGGUCGCGGCCGUCCAUCGAAACGGCUCCGUCACGCUCUCAUGGCCCCCCCUGCGCUUCCCCCCACCGUGGACGCAAGGACUUGUGCUCCAAGCCCAAGGCUGCAGCGACGACAUGUGCGGAGACUCUGGCUACUGCGUCACCAAGACGACGUACCAAGGCCUCGUGUAUUCUCGCUGUGUCUGCGCGUACGGUUAUGCAGGACCGUUCUGCGAUACAGUUACCGUUGUUGAAGAGCAGUGGCACGGCUGGUUCCUCGUCAUCACCAACGUGGCCAUCGUCCCGGCGACCGUCGCUGCCAUUCGGCGCCAUCUUUACGGUACACUGCGCAUGAAAAUGUAG